GGGCUCGGGGGACCCCAGCCCCCAGGUGACAACAUCUGCAAAGCUGCUCCGGCUCCAUCCCCGCCGAGCCGCCCGUGGGUACCCCGGUAUCCAUGGCGAUGGGAGGAUGCCCCCCCCUCCGCCCCCCCAGCCGCUGCCGCAUCCGCAGCCGGCGGUGACGGUGGCACGGGAGCGAUGCUCGGCGCUGGGGACCCCCGGCCGGAGGAGAGCUGGAGCCCCCCGGCCCCAUGCAGGCGCUGCGGAACCCGGAGCCCGGCGGGGACCCUUCCAAUGGCAGCUGGGCCAACGCCAGCGAGAGCCACCUCCUGAAGGAGAACUACACCUUCCUGGCAUACUACCAGCACUCCUCGCCCGUGGCUGCCAUGUUCAUCCUGGCCUACACCUUCAUCUUCCUCAUGUGCAUGAUUGGCAACAUCCUGGUGUGCUUCAUCGUGGUGAAGAACCGCCAGAUGCGGACAGUCACCAACAUGUUCAUCCUCAACCUGGCCAUCAGCGACCUGCUGGGUGGCCCUUUGACAACACCAUGUGCAAAAUGAGCGGCCUGGUGCAGGGCAUGUCUGUCUCGGCCUCGGUCUUCACGCUGGUGGCUAUCGCCGUGGAGAGGUUUCGCUGCAUCGUCCACCCCUUCCGGCAGAAGCUGACGCUGAGGAAAGCCCUGGUGACCAUCGCUGUCAUCUGGGUGCUGGCCCUGCUCAUCAUGUGCCCCUCCGCCAUCACCCUGACCGUCACCAGGGAGGAGCACCACUUCAUGGUGGACACCUACAACAACUCCUACCCCCUCUACUCCUGCUGGGAGGCCUGGCCCGAGACGGGGAUGAGGAGGAUCUACACCACCGUCCUCUUCUCCCACAUCUACGUGGCCCCCCUGGCCCUCAUCGUCGUCAUGUACACCCGCAUCGCCUUCAAGCUCUUCAAGUCGGCGGCGCCCGCUCACGGCGCCCGGCCCGAGGAGCCAGAGGGGAGGAAGGUGUCUCGCAGGAAGGCGAAGGUCAUCAACAUGCUCAUCAUCAUGGCCCUCUUCUUCACCCUCUCCUGGCUGCCCCUCUGGACGCUGAUGCUGCUGAUGGACUACGGGUGCCUCAGCGAGCGCCAGCUCCGCCUGGUCGCCGUCUACGUCUUCCCCUUUGCCCACUGGCUGGCCUUCUUCAACAGCAGCGCCAACCCCAUCAUCUACGGCUACUUCAACGAGAACUUCCGCCGGGGCUUCCAGGAGGCCUUCAGGGCCCCCUUCUGCUCGCCACCGCGCCGGCGCCACCGCGGGCCCUACGGCGCCCGCAACCGUGUCUUCACCCUGGCCCGGGCCAGCGACUCGCCCCCUCACUCCGAAUCGGGGCCCCUGGCGCCUCGCAGAACCGGCGUCCCCGCUUGGGACAGCUGAGCAGCCACGGCCAACACCGUGCCUGGUCACCACGGGGCCCGGUGGGGACCUCAUGCAUGACACUGUGGUAGGGAGGAACCCCCCCAUAUUGCUGUGGUUUGGUGGCCUUGAUAUGGGGCAUGAACUUCCAACCCAAGGGCUUGUUGUGGGGAGGAACGAGGAUUGAAAUAAAUGCACGUCUUGCUGAUGCCAUGUCCCUGA